GUUUUCUAAAAGAUUGCGAAAUAUAGGUCGGAAGAUAGGUAUUACUUGUAGAUAAUUUACUUACUAGGUCUAUAAGUGGACCUAUACUGGGACAUAGUAUUAACUAUUAAACUUUAUUUGGAUUAUUUUUGUUGGGAAAAUUUGUAAAGGAAUAUGAACGUGUUACCACUAUGGAAGAUACGGGAGGUCGCGGACAAAGUGACGAAUGUAGUGAUGAACUACUCGGAGGUUGAGGCGAGAGUCCGGGAAGCGACAAACGAUGAGGCGUGGGGGCCAUCGGGAACAGUGAUGCAGGAGCUAGCUCGGGAUACCUUCAUGUACGAGUGCUUCCCUGAAGUGAUGGGGAUGAUGUGGAAAAGGAUGUUGCACGAGGGAAGGAAGAGUUGGAGGAGGAUAUAUAAGUCUCUUCUCCUUCUGAUGUAUUUAAUCCGAAAUGGUUCAGAACGAGUUGUGACAAGCGCCAGGGAGCAUCUUUAUGAUCUUAAAUCCCUGCAAGACUACACAUGUCAUGAUGAACAUGGGAAGGAUCAAGGCAUCAACGUGCGCAAUAAAGUGAAAGACAUUAUUGCUCUCAUCCAAGACAAUGAGAGGCUCAGAGAGGAGAGGAAAAGAGCAAAGAAGACCAGAGAUAAAUACACAGGGUUCUCAUCUGAUGAGGCGAGGUUUUCAUCCAGAGGAAAUUUUUCGCCUCCCCCCUCGCCAAGAUCUGAUUCUCGGUACAGGAGAGGCAGUGGAUAUGACAAGCGUCGUGACACUCAAGAUUCGUGGCGUGACGCUGAUUCGUAUGAAGACAACCCCGGGAAAUCGCGUCGACAUAAUCGUAGCCCCUCCAAUUCAAUAGGGUACAGUGAUGACUCGGCUCCUUCUGACUCGGAAUCGAACAAUUACUCCAAAGUAAGUUCUUCUUCUAAUAAGUUCAGCGACCAAGCAGAAACAGUAACCAAAACCAAAACAACAAUGAGUACCAAAACUGAAAGAAGAACAACCAGAAAAGUUGACUUAGGAGCAGCAGCCACAUAUACAGGGGAUAACAACACAGCUGUUCCCACAAUAACUCCACCUGCUUCACAGGAUGCAGCUCCAGCUUCGAACAACGCAAACUUACUAAACGACAUUUUCAGUCCUACUUCAAGUGAAAAUACUGGAGACCUUUUAUUUGGUAAGUUGGUAAACAUAUUCUAAAUAUUUCCCAUAAUU